AUGGCGACGGGUAGCUGCUCCAGGCCCCUCGCCUCUCUCAGAUCGCUGUUUGCGCGAGGAAAAUCAGAACAUUGUGAAUUAUUAACGAUGGAUCUCAAAGAACUGAAAAGUGAAAGUUCACCAUGCUGUGAAUCUCUGCAAAAGGACCACAUAUCACUGAAUAGUCAAGAAAUAAAAGUAUACAUGCAUAAAUCAGAACCAAAGAUAAUUGAUCCAGACUCUGCAGCUAGAAUUAUCCAGACUUCAUGGAUUUCCUACAGAAAUAAACUGUUAUUUCGCCUACUCAAGCACACAAUCUGUGCUGCAGAACAUUGUCUGACAACUGACAUUUUAAGGAAACUACAACCCUCUGAGGCUGAACUCUUGAAAGAUACCAAGAUGGCAUAUAAAGUUAGGUUCAGAUUUGCUGGAGAAGAAUUUCCUCCUUUUCUUGUGUUUAAAAUUUUUCAACAUACUGGAAACUACAAGAAUCAAUAUUUAAGUGGAAAAAGAAUAAUCAAGCCUGCAACUGAGGCAGCAGCUGCUUCUUGCAAGAUCAUGGGAAGAAGGAAAUUCUAUGAUCUUAUCAUACAGGAUAAUCUUCAAUAUCAAAGGAUGAAAGUAGCUGAUGAAGCUGAUAUUGUCACAGCCAAAGAUUAUAUGCAGUAUGCAAGUAACCUGGAUGAGACUCCAGCCUGCCUUGGAGGCAGAGAUAACUACUGGAGGAUGUUGACCCUGACAAAUCUGCCUAGAACAACAAUCAUGUAUGAUAUUGUGGACUAUGCUUACAGCAGAACUUUAUCACAACGUUUAAAGGAGGAAUUGCCAAUACUGCUCUCCAGGCCAAGUACUGAAAGAAUUCAGCUUCAACAUAUUAGAACUAUCUCUCAGACCAGGUCAGCUUCUCCAGCCACACAAGCUCUUCCACAUUCAACCUCAAAAUUGUUAAAAGCAGGAAAGGAGUCACAACGCCGUUCUCACAAAGCAAGAAUGAAAGUUUCCAAAAUGAGGAAGAUAUAUGGCUUGGAUAAAAACAAAGAGGAAGAGAAGAAAACACCAAUUUGCCACAGCCCUGCACUGGAUGACUCUCAGUUUUACACAAGCUCUGAUCAAGAAGAAAAAGAUGAAGUUACACAUUUAACUUCAGAGGAAGAAUGGGAGCAUGAAGUUGAUAAACUCUAUGCUUGGACACAAAAACUCUCACUUGAUUUAUGUGAGACACCUUUCUCUGACUAAAACAAUUCUAUGUAUUAAGAAGGGGAAGAUCAACUGUGGCAUACACUAGUUAAUGCCCUGUCAAAAAAGACAUGUUUUUAAACAAAUGAGAAGAGACAUGAAGAUCUUGUUGCUUUUCACUUUGACCAACAAACUGCACAAUUCACACUGUGUCUUUUAACUUUGAUAUACCAUUAUCUUUAGUGUAAACAUUGCAUGCAUUUGAUCAUGGCAUUAUUAUAUACUGUGUUCUGAGAAGGUGCAAGUAACAUCCUUCUGAUAUUUCCCUUUUGAACACAUGGCUUAAGCUGGCCGUACUGUAUCCAUUAAAUUAAUAUGGGUCAUGUUAUGUUUUUAAAAAUCUUGUAUCUUAUUCUCCUAAGUUACAGCAGUGGUGACUCUAGUUAUUUUCACCGUUCGAUGUUGUGUUGCAUUUUGUGGACAAUUACUUCUGUAAUCAAUUGAAAAUGAUUGAUGUGAAUAUGCCAGCUAUGAGCCAUGCUGAAAUCUGGCGGAUUGUAAAAGUCCGUUUGGGAUCGAUGACCCCCAAAGUAAGGAAGGGAGUUACAAAUAGGCUUAGUUUCCAGCUUGGUCUUCAGGUGAAUAUAAUAUUCAUUACCCAGAUAAUGUUUAAGCAAGAUGUCACGAGGAUGUGAGGAGAAGACUUGAUGGGCUAGAAUAGAUAGUCUAAUUCUGCUGCCUUAUGAUCUAGGAUACUAAUGCUUCUAGAACCACCAAAUGACAUCUUCAACAGGGAAUGGAGUUAAAAAAACAAAAACUUGAAAGCACUGCCCAGAUUCAUGUUAGGAAGCAAUUGAAAGAUGCACACCUAAACACGUUAAUUCCAAACUACACAGAUUCUUCUAUAUUUACAUUGCAAAAUGAUGUUGGCGUUUCCAUUUGCAA